CUCCUCGGGUAUUGGCCAAUGGGGCCGUCGCUCAGCUGCGAGAACCCCGCCCCCCCUCGCCUUGCAGGAGCAGAGAGAGGGACCAGCCAGUUUGCUUUGCAAACACCCCCCAGGCCCACCCCAGAGCUGGGUGCCGGGAGCCCAGGGGUGAAGCUGCUGCGGCGCCAUGAUCCGGAUCCACGUGCUGGAGGGGGCGGCUCUCGUCUGGAGCGCGGAGGACGCCCGAGAGAUCCGUGAGCGGUUCCGGCUGGUGGGGAACCUGGUGGGGGCGCUGGCCCGCAAGCCCCGGCAGAACGCCCGCCUGGGCCUCCCCCUGCAGCUGCUCCCCGAGGAGGCCCGGCUGCUUGCCGAGCUGGGCGCAGCUGUCCUGGUGAGGGGCACCGAGACCCAGCCCCCGGCGGAGGGGGAGGAACCGACCCAGGCAGCCGAGGUGGAGGCCUACCAGCGGGAGCUGGAAGAGAGCUACCAGGAGCAGCAGCGCCUGGCUGGGGCAGAGAGGGGGGCCCUGCUGGCCGAGCGCAUCGCCCAGGGCCGAGCCCGCCGCAGAGAGCAGCGCGGGGAGACGCCAGACACGGUGGAGGAUUCGGGGCUCCUGGAUUCGCCCUUCGUCCUGCCCCACGGCUCCAUGAUGGUCCAGCUGCCCACGGCGCGGCAGCGCCCAGGGCGGGUCGAGCAGGUGGACUGGACCUCACCCUCCCCGGACUGGCCUCACGCCGGCCGCCCAGCCCAUGAGGCCCGGUACCGCGUCUUCCGUGAGCUGUGGGACAGGAGCUACUACCUGUCCGGAGGGAGCAAGUUUGGGGGAGACUUCCUUGUGUACCCAGGUGACCCCCUGCGGUUCCAUGCCCACUACAUAGCGCUGUGCUGCCCCCCGGGAGCCCCUCUCCCGCUCCGUGCCCUGGUGGCUGCCGCCCGCCUGGGCACCAGCGUCAAGAAGACCCUGCUGCUCUGCUCGCCGGGUGCAGACGGCGCCCUCGCCUUCACCUCCCUGCAAUGGAGCGGGUUGCAGUGACCCCCGCGGGGGACAGCCGGGAACUGGGGGGCACAAUCCACUCCCAGCCAGGCACUGAGUACCCCUCCCCCCGGGGCAGGAGGGGACGCUGCUGGGGGUGUCUGCCGGCCCUGGGGCCGAGCGGGGAACGAGGCAGCAGCAGAACUGCAGGGGUGGGGGAGCCCAGGGCUGCACCUCAGGAGUGAGGGGCACUAGCAGAGCCGGGGAGGGGCGGGACAGGGCACAGAUAAGGAGGGGCUGUGGUUCGGGAGGGCACAGUCCAAGCUGGGAGGUGCUCCCCCCCCCUCCCAAGACUGACCAGACUCCAGUAGGUUAUGAAGUUUUUUUCUUUAAUUAAAACUGAACUUGCCAGAAAA